AUGGGGGAUCAAUCUCAGGAUACAGAGACGGGCGUAAAGAGUGGAAGGUCGACAAGGGCCAACACCCGAUCACAAGCCGCCAGUUUUGUUUCCCCGCCUGGAUCGAAAACUCCGCCGAGUAUGCCCACAAAGAGGACAAUCCUGUACCCCGAUAACAAUGUCAAUCGAUCAAAAGCGCCAGAAGCGUCGGAACCUAUCGAUGCCUCAGCGCUGGCGAAGGCACUGAAGGAUUAUGACCAGGCCGGCCGUCAAAGGGAGAGAACCCCGGGUACCAGCCCUUGCCGAAAGCGGCAACGGGUGUAUGGAGAUCGUUUCAUCCCAAAUCGCGACGGCCAGGAUUUACAGGCGACGUACAAUUUGCUCGGCGAGGAUGGUUGUCCUACAACACCAUCCAAAUCCAAGCGACGUGCACCCCACUCAGAGCUUCAUUUCCAAAAGACGGAGGAAGCGAAUCGGACCUUUUCUCGCGUUUUGCGGAGUGAACUAUUCGGAAACACUGUUCCCCAAGCAGAUUUCACAUUGGGCUCGUCAGACCCAUUAAUGGGUUUUACUAAUGGCAUCAAUGAUAAGACCCGGUCACAUACCCCUCCACACAUUUCCAACCUCCCACCUACCAGCAUCACCCCAUCUACCCCACACAAAAACCUCUUCAACUAUGGUCCAACUCGACCAGGUUCGGGCCAUCCGACUCCCUCAAAAACCCCAAGGAGCGCCCAUGCGCCGAAUCUGAAUGCGCGCUCAGAACUUUACAGUCUAUCUCCCAUUCGAUCUGAUAGUGCAAGGAUUCUUGAAACCCCGCGCAAGCAGCCUCGCUAUGUCAACAAGGUGCCUUACAAGGUCCUUGAUGCUCCCGAUCUACAGGACGACUUCUACCUCAAUUUGGUUGAUUGGGGCAGCAGCAAUGUUCUCGGAGUUGGGUUGGCUAAUUCAGUCUAUAUGUGGAACUCGCAGUCAGGCCGGGUGACCAAGCUGUGUGAAUUGAAAGAUGACACAGUUACCAGUGUGAACUGGAUUCAGCGGGGCACUCAUCUUGCCAUUGGCACAGGCAAAGGCCUGGUUCAAAUCUGGGAUGCAGAGCAUUGCAGACGACUUCGAACUAUGAUUGGGCAUACCAACCGCGUCGGUGCAUUGGCAUGGAAUGAUCAUAUUCUUACUUCAGGAUCUCGCGAUCGACUCAUUUAUCACCGUGAUGUUCGUUCUCCAGACCAGUAUCUCCGCCGACUGUCUGGUCACAAGCAAGAGGUCUGUGGCUUGAAAUGGAACACAGAGGACGGGCAGUUAGCAUCGGGCGGCAAUGACAAUAAGCUGAUGGUAUGGGACAAGUUGAACGAAACUCCCCUCUAUCGCUUCUCGGAUCAUUGCGCAGCCGUGAAAGCCAUUGCAUGGUCCCCUCAUCAGCAUCAUUUACUUGCCUCGGGUGGAGGUACUGCAGACCGCACCAUCAAGUUCUGGAACACACAAACCGGCACUAUGGUCAAGGAAGUUGACACUGGUAGCCAAGUCUGUAAUCUGUCCUGGUGCAAGAACUCAGACGAGAUCAUCAGUACCCACGGAUACAGCCAGAAUCAAAUUGUCAUCUGGAAGUACCCACGCAUGGAGCAGAUUGUCUCUCUGACUGGCCACACCUUCCGUGUGCUGUACCUGGCCAUGAGCCCAGACGGUCAAACUGUCGUUACAGGAGCUGGCGAUGAAACACUCCGGUUCUGGAAGAUCUUCGACAAGCGAGCCACACGCGACAAUCGACGCUCUGGUAGCAGACUGGCGGAGUUCGGCACGAUCCGGUAA